AUGUUUUUGUCUCAAGCACAUGCGCACAUAAAAAGUCCACUGGUGGCCAAUGACCGCAGAAACUCAUUGUUAAGUGACGAAGGCGUUUCUAUUAAAUUUAGCCUGGCUAAAGCCAUGAAAUCCUCUAAGCCUUCUCUAAGAUAUUUUCCCAAUGAAGCGUCAACCAAGUUUGAAUUGCGGCGCACGUUAAUAGUAUGGAACACCGGGCUGGCGUUGUUCAGCAUAAUGGGGGCGUGCCGGACCUUCCCAGAGUUCUUUCAUGUACUCAAGAAUCAUGGGUUGUACCACUCUAUUUGUGUACCAAGGUAA